AUGUUACAUUUGAAACGCGAAUCUUCCAUACCCGCGCCUGCGUCUCACCCCCCGCCGCGCAGCUCCCCGCCGUUGCCUGCGCCGACGCCGCCCGCGCCGUCGGGCGAGUGCCGCUCUGAUAUUGCGCUAUGCACCGCUAGCUAUACAGCUGAUACUGAUAACGCAUUUCUAUGCAACCCGCCCGCGAAUAAACAACAUACUAUUUUAUUAUCAACCGCUGAAGUCGUAGCUUAUAAUUGUAAAGGUGAACGGCUUAUUAUUCGCGCGCUUUUAGAUUCCGCUUCGCAAAGUCACUUCAUUACGAAUGAAUGUUGUGAACGCUUAGGUAUUAAACCGCAGAAAACCGAACGUACUAUUAUUAAGGGGUUCGGUGGUUCAGAAAAAAUUAUAAAUAGUAAUUCUAUAAAUAUAACAUUUUAUUCGCGUCUUGACAACAACAUAUCUUUUAAUAUUUCACCGCUAGUUGUUGAUCAUGUUACGGAUUUAUUACCUACCGCUGUUAUAGACACUUCUGUCUUAUCGCAUAUUUCGCAUUUACCGCUCGCAGAUGAGAGUUUUGGUACGCCAAAUAAAAUCGAUUUAUUAAUCGGUGCUUCUCUGUUCCCUCAUCUGCUUCUCCCCGACGUAGUUCAUGCAUCUCGUGACUCGUCGGCGCCCGCUGCAUUGCGCACGGUGUUAGGCUAUGUAAUAAUGGGUUCAGUACCCACCAUACCUAACAUACAUAAACCGCCCUUGACGUGUUGUCACGUUCAAGAGACCGCCGCUAUUGACUCAUUAGUCAGGCGUUUCUGGGAGCUCGAGGAGCUUCCUACCGCACCGCCCGUUCAACAUCCCGAUGAUGUUGAAUGUGAAGAAUAUUAUAAAUCAACUACAACCCGCGACCCCGUGAGUGGCAGAUAUAUUGUUUCGCUUCCAUUUAAGGAUGAUUUCUACACUCUCGGUGAUUCAUUUAAUAUUGCCCGCAAACGUUUCAUGUGCCUCGAAAGAAAGCUACAGGCUUCACCUAAAUUAAGGUUGGCAUAUGAUGACGUCAUAAAGGAUUAUCUAACGAAGAAUUAUAUUUCACCCGCGCCUCCGUAUGAUCCGCGUGACCCUAGACCUAUUUAUGUUAUACCGCAUCACGCUGUUCUGCGCGAGGAUAAAUCGUCGACUAAGCUGCGCAUGGUUUUAGAUGCUAGCAUGCCAACUUCUGGAAGCCAGCGUUCAUUGAAUGACCUUCUGCAUGUUGGGCCGAAUUUACAAGGCAAUUUGUUUACAAUAAUUUUAGGUUUUUGCACGCGCGAUUGCCAUGACCGCCGAUUGCCGCCAACAAUUUCUGCAGAUAUUCGUGCCCCGCAGGAUCCGCUGCUUCUUUAUCAAUUUAAUCGAGUUUGCUUCGGCAUCAAGUCUAGUCCUUAUCAUGCACUGCGCACGGUAAGACAGCUCGUAGAAGAUGACGGCGCGAAAUAUCCGCUCGCGAGUAGCAUUGCGUCUUCCUCGUUGUAUAUGGAUGAUAUCGCCUUCUCUAUUCCCACGGAGUGUGAAGCAGUUUCCGCGUCGCAGCAGCUCAUCGAUUUGUUUAAGGAAGCUCAGUGGGAUCUAGUUAAAUGGAAUAGUAAUAGUAAAAAUGUGUUAGAUAAUCUUCCCGCUUCGCACAAACUUUUACCCUCCGCGGUAGAGUUUGAUAAGACCGUGCAACAUAAAUUACUUGGUCUGCAUUGGUCUACUGUUGAUGAUUGUUUUUAUUUUUAA